UAUCGCAUAUAUCUUAUGUUUCCUAAUGUCGUAUGUCUCAUCAAUCAAUACUCUUAAUUUGACGCAUCUUUUUUCUUACGGCAUUCCUUACCUCACCCACCCUCUUAAACCAAAACCCAACCACACUCAUUUCAUCCUCUAAAUAAUAAUAUCCAUUUCAUUUCAUUCAUAAUUAAUUUAUCAAAUCACCUCUUAAAGCUUCAAACUUUCAACCAAAAAAGCUAACACCUUUACUUCUCUUCCUCCAUAAAUUCAUCACCCUUUUCUUCCUUUUCGCUUUUCAUUCCAAUUUGAAUAAAGGGUCAUCCAAUAAACCUCAUCAUCUUCACCUAUUUCACAUAAAGUUUUGAUUUUUAACUUUGCCUUAGUUGAUUCUCUUCUGCUUCAACUUAACUUUCCUCAAAGUUAUGGCAAUGAUGCCAUACUACCUCUCUAGGUUACCUUAUCAUGAUUCCCUUCAAAUUCUUGAGGCUGAUAUUCAACAAGCUAAUUCUUUGGCUGCUGAAAUUCCAAGAGCAAAAGGAGGAAAUCUUAUUAAAAUGAAAUUGGUUUGCAAUCAAUUGGCUCCUCUUGUUUUGUUGUUUCUUCAAUGGAUGGAUUGGUCUUGUGCUGGCUUUUUGCAUAGUUAUCUUAACCUCUUCCAUAUACUUAUAUACAAAGAACCAAAUGAUGGUAGAUCAAUCUUGUCUAGUCGUGGAAGGAAAGCAACCAUUAAGGAUUUUUAUGCGGUUAUAUUGCCGUCUCUUCAGCGGCUUCACGGUAGUUUCGACGACAAGUUGGAGACUUGUGAAGAAAUGAACACGCAUUUUGAAGGUUCGGUUUGUGGCAAGAAGGUGAUUGAAGGAGAUGGGAAACUAACCGAUGUUGAUUUACAAAGAGAAGAUGAAUGUGGGAUUUGCUUAGAGCCUUGUACUAAAAUGGUUUUGCCGAAUUGUUGUCACGCCAUGUGCAUCAAAUGCUACCGCAAGUGGAACAGAAAGUCCGAGUCGUGUCCUUUUUGUCGCGGUAGCUUGAGGAGGGUUAAUUCGGAGGAUCUAUGGGUAUUAACUUGCGAUGAAGAUGUUGUCGACGCUGAAACAGUUUCUAAAGAAGACUUAUUGCGGUUUUACCUCUACAUAAACAAGCUUCCCAAAGAUAACCCCGACGCACUUUUCCUAAUGUAUUACGAAUACCUGAUUUGAUUUUCUUUUGAAUGAGUAGAAAUCAAACACGGUACUCUGAAAUUUACAACACUCACACACACACCACGCAUCAACCACUUGUUAGAUCACAGUGGUUUAUUCGAUAUUAUUUCGCUAAAUAAGAAAAUAUGUACAUAUACAGAAAAAUCCGGACCGCAAAUGUGAAUAGAGUCUGGUAAAAAAAAAUAUUAUUGUCAUUUCAUCAUUUUACUUGGGAGAGAAGUUUCUUGGAAUUUUAGACCACGAAAAUCACUUUUCUUAGUUCUGUGAUGCUAGUAUUUUCAACAAGUUGUAAUUAAGAUAUUAAUUUAUUGAGCAGAAUCUUGUUGUAUAUUACUUGUUGAAAUAGAUUGAUGUUGAGAUGA